AGCAUAGGUUUGUAAAUCCCCGUGAAGCUCAGAAGCGAUUGCGGUCUCUGGGAGAUUUAGCAUCCUUCGCCAUCCUUGUAAAAUAUACAUAGGUUUCUUAAAAUAUUCCGGAAUUAAAUACCUGCACUAUCAAACCUAUUGAAUGGUGUGCGUAUUACGUCCACCCGCCCAAAAUUAAAGGGCUUGCGAGAUAAAAAAAUCGUCCUUCCCCUGCUUGAGAAGGGUCCGUCUCGAUUGGCGCUCGUUAGUCGAGCUGUACCAGCGGCAGCUCGUUCGACCGUCCUUUCGUAUGCAAGUUAAAGAAAUAAGUUAAGCAGUGCAAAUACUGCCAUUCGACCUCUCGCUGUAAGCGUGAAAGUAUUCGCCUCGGAAUGAGACCGCAGUCGCCCGUUUAGGCCUCGUUUCCGCAAAUCCAAUAUGGUGGAAGCGCCACUGCGUCAGUGUUUCUCGCUUUUGUGAAAGGGGACCCCAGCGGAUCGUCCGUUUCAUGGAUACGUGACGAAAGGCUCGUGCCUCUCAUCGACGACCUCAAGCCACAAUGCGGGGAUCCGAGGAGCGUUCGACGCGUUCCCGCACCAAGGUGAAGGAGAAACCACGCAGUCCAGAGGAAAGCCGCCGCGUGAGCAGCACCAGCAAGUCUCGCCACUCAUCCCAGGGCAGCAGCCAUCGAAAGCACAAGAAAAGCCAUCGGUCGCACCGACGUAAGCAUGCGGCGCGCGACUCUGAGAGAGCCGUGGUCGCCACUAAGCCUCUCGUCGAGUACGACGAUGUAAGUUCGGACUCCUCGCUGUUCUCGGAUGAAGCGCCCGGCGAACCCCUCUACCCGGCGUCUCCGCUGCCGGUCUCAUCUUCCUCGAGCAGGCACGUCCGCUGACCGGACCAGCGAGAGGACCGACAGCAAGCGACGGCACCCUUCGCGACACAAGACGAGCGACGCUAAGGAGAGUUCCUCGCGCUCUUCGAGUCGGCGUAACCACAGCGAACGGCCGCCGUCUCCUCCGCCACCUCCACCGUCUUCGUCGUCGCGUUCUUCGCGGGACUAUUCGACGUCGAGCGGCUACUACGACCGAGACGUGAUGAAGGACUACGCGAGUAGCCGAACUUAUAUGAGUGCUUACAGGGAAUCUUCGGGAGUGUUGGACCCGUACUAUGGUGUGUCGGACUCUCACGGCGACUGCUACGGCGGCAGCCGCUCGAGCCGCAAACGUUCUCUGUCGCCCGAUCAUCCGCGUGCCUACAAGAGCAGCGCUCGCAGCCCGGUGAGCUCUCCGAGCCCACCUCCUAGCCGUGCCGCCAAGCGACGCAAGUCUCCGACCUCAGACGCCCGCGAGAAGGACCGGCCGUCGCGCAAUUACUCGCCCAACAAUUCCUCUAGUCUCUACUCGUCGCGCAAGAGCUCCGCGUACUCGCGAAGUCGAAGCAGAAGUCCUGUCAGGUCUAGGCGUACCCGAAGAUCCAGAAGCCGGUCACGGAGCCCCCCUCCUCAACGCACUAGGGUUGGCCGGUCCCGGUCGCCACCCUUGAGCCCUCCAGCUGCCUACCAGACGCAUCGGCGGCGGGAGCGUAGCCCCAGCUACGAAACCAAGUUCGCCUCCACGAGUCUCGGCGCCGAGUUGCGUAAACAUCGCAAAGGCCGCGAGCUUGAAAAGAGUCGUCACUCGGUCGGCAGCCGGGUAGCCCCGCUACCGCCACCACCGCCUCCACCACCAGCUCCCACUGCACCGUCCAAUGGCCCUGCUUCGUGCGCAGACAUACCACCGCCUCCUCUUCCACCACCACCCCCCAGCAAUCCUACGCAUCCGCCGCCUCCACCACCCGAAGCCCCGCCGCUUCCUCCACUGCCUCCCCCACCACCUGCUUCUGUGGAGCCACCACCUGCCGUGGAAGCUCCACCAGAGCCGGCUCCCCCCAAGGCACCCUCCAAGCCUUGCACACCUUCUGAAGGCUCCCCGGAGCUGGUCUCCUCGCCGGAAGAGGCAGCUGCAGCACCAUCCUCUGUCGGAGGUGGGGACACCAGUGCCCCACACAGCAACAACGGUGUAUUGGAGGAGGAGGACGAAAUCAGUCCAGUGAGUGGACGGUCGUCAGCAGAGCAGCUGUCAGCGCAGCCGAGCCCUGCACAGCCUGCUGCGGCGCCACCCCAGCGCAAGAGUAUUAAGGAACUACCCAUGCCACCUGGCAUGAAAGUAGAGGACAUGAUGUCACCUGAAGUGGCUGACCGGGAAGAGGGCUCACCUCAGCUCACCCAGCAGCAACAGCAGCAACAGCAGCAUCAGCAGAUGAAACAUGAUUUUGCCAUGGCUACCCAGAAAGCAUUGUCUGCAGCAAAUAUUCCUGGCUCCCAGCCAUCUCAAGUGGCAGGUGGUGGCUCCAUGCAGGUGUUUAGAAGGCCAAGGAUUCUGAACAAGCUUCCGUCUGAUGAUGACCGGUUUCCGAAUUGGGGAGAGCGCUGUGUUGACGUUUUUGAUAUCGUGUGCCAGAUAGGAGAGGGCACCUACGGACAAGUGUACAAAGCCAAAGAUAAGGACACCGGGGAACUGGUGGCCCUGAAGAAAGUACGGCUAGAGAAUGAGAAGGAGGGCUUCCCCAUCACAGCUGUGCGAGAAAUUAAGAUCCUGCGUCAGCUCAACCACCCAAGCAUUGUCAACCUCAAAGAGAUUGUCACUGACAAACAGGAUGCCCUCGACUUCAAGAAGGACAAAGGAGCAUUUUACUUGGUGUUUGAGUACAUGGACCACGACUUAAUGGGCUUGCUGGAGUCUGGGCUGGUGGACUUCAAUGAGCUCCAUGUGGCCUCCUUCAUGCGUCAGCUGCUGGAUGGGCUAAGUUAUUGUCACCGACGAAACUUCCUGCACCGUGACAUCAAAUGCUCAAACAUCCUCAUGAACAACAGAGGCCAAAUCAAGCUGGCUGAUUUUGGGCUGGCACGGCUGUACAGUGCAGAAGACAAGGCACGACCAUACACUAACAAGGUUAUUACACUCUGGUACCGACCUCCAGAACUACUACUGGGCGAGGAGCGUUAUGGGCCUGCCAUUGAUGUCUGGAGCUGCGG